CUUGUUUGCUUUCAGCACCGCGGACAGCUCCCGGCGCUCUGCACAAACUUCACGCUCGCCUCCUCCGUUUGGUUCGUCAGCCGGCGCAGCGCCGCAGAGGAAAUGCGCCUCUUUCAAACCGCCCGAGCAUCGCAUCGCAUCGCUGGGAAGCUGAGGAUUCCGCACAGGCUGUAAUCUCCAUAAACCCAGAAGAAGAAAGAAUGAAGAGGAUGGCACUGUCGCUGUAAAUGGCCUCUGUCAGAAUAAAAACACUGGUGCUUUGAGAUCUGGUGCUGUCACGCUUCCUGUUUGUUUCCUCAGCGUUAUCAAAAGCUGAUUGCAGUCUGAUCAGAAACCACCAGGAGGACGGUGACACAUUUUGUUUGAGCCCAGGGAUAUGUCACUGGGGAGAUCCCCUGUGCAGGGGGUACGCCCUGUGCCCCGACCCAUGUGGCUGCCCCACCUCAGCCUGGUAUGUGUGUAUGUCUCUCUGCUGGCCCAGACUCCUCAGGGUUUGCCUGUGGUCAGUUAUAACACCGACUCCAAGAGGGAGAUCACACUGGAAGGAGACUUAAUGAUUGGCGGCCUGUUUCCUGUGCAUCAGAAAGGUGAGGGGGCAGAGGAUUGUGGGAAGAUCAAUGCACAGAGAGGGAUUCAGAGACUGGAGGCUAUGCUGCUGGCUCUAGAUGAAAUCAAUAAGAAUGAGCGCAUCCUGCCCGGGAUCAGACUGGGAGCUCAUAUACUGGACACUUGUUCCAAGGACACCUACGCUCUCGAGCAGUCUCUGGAGUUUGUCAGGGCCUCCCUCACCAAAGUAGAUGACAGCGAGUACACGUGCCCAGAUGGAUCCUACGCUAUCCAUGAUGAAGUCCCUCUGGCCAUUUCGGGGGUAAUAGGUGGCUCCUACAGCGACGUCUCUAUUCAGGUGGCCAACCUGCUGCGCCUCUUCCAGAUCCCUCAGAUCAGCUAUGCCUCCACCAGUGCCAAGCUCAGCGACAAGACUCGCUAUGACUACUUCGCCCGCACCGUGCCCCCGGACUUCUACCAGGCCAAAGCCAUGGCAGAGAUCCUGCGUUAUUUCAACUGGACAUAUGUGUCAACAGUGGCAUCAGAAGGUGACUACGGUGAGACGGGCAUCGAUGCCUUCCAGCAGGAGGCUCGUGCCCGCCAGAUCUGCAUUGCGACUUCAGCAAAAGUGAGCCGAUCCAUGAGUCGCUGGAGCUAUGAGAAUGUCAUCCAUUCCCUGCAGCAGAAAUCCAAUGCCAAAGUGGUCAUCCUGUUCACUCGCAGUGAAGACGCACGUGAGCUGCUGGUGGCAGCAAACCGCAUGAAUGUCACAUUCACUUGGGUGGCUAGUGAUGGCUGGGGUGCACAGGAGAGCGUGGUGAGGGGCAGUGAGGCUGUGGCCGACGGGGCGUUCACCAUUGAACUGGCUUCCUACCAAAUCCCUCAGUUCAAUGACUAUUUCACAGCGCUGCAUCCAUACAACAACACGAGGAACCCGUGGUUCAGAGAGUUUUGGGAAAACCAGUUCCAGUGCAGCCUUCAUGAAGUGGGCUGUGGGAAGUAUUCCCUGCGUGAGGUUCCAUUCCAACCAGAAUCCAAGAUCAUGUUUGUGGUGAAUGCUGUCUAUGCAAUGGCUAAUGCACUACAUAACAUGAGACAAGCCUUAUGUCCCAAUUCCACCAAGGUCUGUGAUGCUCUUAAACCAGGCAAUGGUAGAAAGUUUUACAGGGAAUACAUCCUCAAGGUCAAGUUUGAUGCACCCUUUCGUCCACCAGACACAGAGAAUGUAGUCCGCUUUGAUGCCUUUGGAGACAGCUUUGGUCGUUAUAAUAUUUUUCACUACCACAAAGAAGGUGGACAUUAUGUCUACAGGAAGGUUGGCUACUGGGCUCAGAGCCUGAUGCUGAACACAAGUCUGAUCCCCUGGCCUGGACAAGCUGCGCCCACCUCCCAGUGUAGUGACCCCUGUAGGAAGAAUGAGGUGAAGAGCAUGCAGCCUGGAGAUGUGUGCUGUUGGAUCUGUAUCCCCUGUCAGUCCUACCAGUACUUACAUGAUGAGUUCACUUGUGCUGACUGCAGCUUUGGCCAGUGGCCCCUGGCUAACCUGACAGGCUGCUACGACCUUCCUGAGGAAUACAUCCACUGGGAGGAUGCCUGGGCUAUUGGCCCUGUCACCAUUUCUUGCCUUGGGAUGAUGUGUACCCUCUUUGUAAUUGGCCUCUUCCUUAAACACAAUGAGACACCCGUGGUGAAGGCUAGUGGGCGUGAGCUCUCCUACAUUCUUCUUCUAGGAGUGCUGAUGUGUUACAGCAUGACCUUCAUCUACAUCGCCAAGCCAUCUAUGGCGGUUUGUACCCUACGCAGGCUAGGCUUAGGCACCUCCUUCGCCGUGUGCUACUCCGCUCUCCUAACCAAGACCAAUCGCAUCGCUCGGAUCUUUAGCGGAGUAAAAGAUGGAGCACAGCGGCCUCGAUUCAUCAGCCCAGCCUCCCAGGUUGCCAUCAGCGGCGCACUGAUCUCAUGCCAGCUGGUAGUGGUGGUGGUCUGGAUGUUGGUUGAAGCUCCAGGAGUGAGAAAAGAAGUCAGCCCAGAGAGGAGAGAUGUGGUCACUCUGAAGUGUAACAGCAAGGACUCCAGCAUGCUCAUGUCUCUCACGUACAACUGCAUCCUCAUCAUCCUCUGCACGGUCUACGCAUUCAAGACCCGCAAGUGCCCUGAGAACUUCAACGAGGCAAAGUUCAUUGGGUUCACCAUGUACACAACCUGUAUCAUCUGGCUGGCAUUCCAGCCCAUUUUCUAUGUAACCGCCAGUGAUUACAGGGUGCAGACCACCACCAUGUGCAUCUCCGUCAGCCUGAGUGGCUCGGUGGUGCUCGGCUGCCUCUUUGCUCCGAAAGUCCACAUCAUCCUGUUCCAGCCGCAGAAGAACAUCAGCACCCUCAGGGUGGCCACCACUCGCUUCAGUGUUACCACCGGGCCUGGCUCCAGCUUCUCUCAAGCUUCAGCCUCCAAUGUUGUUCCAACAGUUUGCAACGGACGAGAAGUGGUGGACUCCACAACGUCGUCCUUGUGAAGAUCAGCUGCACUGCAGAGUUAUGUAACCACUACUAGUUCUGAAUCAGGUGUCUCAGAUUUUAAAGAGGUCACAGAUGAUCGUCUUGACUUUGUUGUCCUCAUAGUGCUGAGUACAAUGUCCCAAUUAUUUUAUUUUGUUCAUUGACUUAAUAAAGUUGCAUAUAGCCCAAGUUUUUAUUAAACAUCAUACUUGCAGUAAAUGAUACUUUAUAUGUUAAAUGUAAUAUAUACAAGAUGUUUUUAAUGUAGAUUUUGGUGAACCAGUUUGUGCUUUCUUGUAAUUUAUGUAAAUAAAACGUGUUUUGUAUUUAUACCAGA